AACGUGAACGCGACACAUAAGAAACUGACUUCUCAAAUAAUAUUAUAGAGAUAACUUCUUUUAUGUUCAUUCGCCGAAUUCCAAUCACAAUACAUAGACUUCUUCUAAACUUUAAUCGAAAUCGUACUCUUAUUAAAUACGUUGAUUUUAGAUUCUAAACUGUUUUGAUUCAUCUAUAGAUUAAAGAAUUGCAGAAAAUGGUCAUUCUUCUAAAAUCUAGUGAACCAAAAGAAAGUUACAAGCCAAGCUGCAACAAACAAAUUAACAAUGGAUUCCAAUCACAUAAGACCUUAAAUAUGGAAUGUGAAAAUCCUAGAGUCAUGCAUUCGAGAUCUUGAAAAUGAACUGGAAUCUCGUUUCAAGUGCUAGGUGAUGGAUGAAGCCGAGAUCGAGCCAAUGUGUUCUCUCGGAUUGACAAAGGGUGGGAGGGAGAAAACACUUCCUAUCAAAUACCAAGAUUUAGAAUGAAAGACAAUACAAAGACGAGGAAAACAUGGCCAUCGUGGCCGUGAGUGUAAUCGCUAGCUACUAUCUCUCAUUUCGUUGUUGGUUUUGCAUUUCUAUCCAGGGGCGAAGCUAGGACGUGGGAAGGGGGUGCCUGUGCACCCAUAAUGUUUUUGAAAAUUAAUGUAUUUUUGUAUAAAUUUUUGUAUGUGCACCCAUAAUAAUUUAUAACAUGCACCCACAAAAAUAGAUAAACUCUAGAAAGAAACAAAACAUAUCAAAUGUAUUUAACAAUUUAAACAUAAUUCACUCGAUUUGAGAAAUCAAUAAAUCUUGGAUUUAAAAAACAUUUUUGUUCUAAAAUCUUUAUCUAUUAAAAGUUUCUAACAAUAAAAAACUUAGCCUAUUUAAGUAAAUAAAAAUAAUUUAAACUCCAAAACUACAUACUUAAGUUUUGAAUUGUAUAUUUUUAAUUACUAGUUUACCAUUAAAUUCUAAAAAUAACAAAAUAUCUAGUUUAAUUACUAAAUUCUAAAAAAAAUUAAUUACUAGUUUACCAUUAAAUUCUAAAAAUAACAAAAUAUCUUACUUUUAAACAAACUUCUUAUUUUGUAGUAAAACAUUGCAGAAAAAACAUUUUUAUAUGAACAGAUAUUUUCUUGUAAAUAUACAAAAAUUUAAUGAUUAUCUAUUCUAUUUUUAUUAAAAUAAAUUUAAAUAUUAUAAAUACAAUAGUGGAAAACUGAUGACUUGUAAUAUUGAAAAUAUUUUAUGGUAUUAAAUUUAAUAAAUAUUUACUUUAUAUUUUAAUUAAUAUAAUUUUUUAAUAUUUAUUAAUUUAAUAUUAGUGCGCCCACUAAAUUACUAGUCUGGAUUCGCCCCUGUUUCUAUCUAAGUAGUUUCUUAGGUACAGAUGUUAUUUAUCAUGAUGUGUUCAUGCAAAUUUUAUCUGGUUAUAGGACUUUAUCGUCUUAUCUAAUAAAUAUUUAUUUAAUUUAAUCUGAAAGUCUUUUGUCAAAAAAAACCCAUCGUACUCAGCUUUUAUACAACAACUCUGUUGCACUCAUUUGAUGAUGACGUGGCUUUAGUGAUUACGUUCCUUUGAUUAGUAUAAUCAUAAAUUUAUCAGGCAAGCGUGUGCAGACAGAGAGACUUAUAGAUCAGAAAAUAUUCAGACGCAGGAGCCAAAGCCAAGCUGGAAUUGAUAAAAGGUAUUGAGAGUGCUUGUGCAGUUACACGGUUUGUAAGAUAAUAAAAGCUUACAUUUAGGGUCUUAUAGGCUUUAUUUCCGCACCUUCAACGUGAUUACCUGACUCUUUUAUCAGCAUUGUCUAUUCCUUGUCCUAUGGCUCAUUCUACUCUGGAAUCUCACUGAGAAAAAUAUAUUAUUUUAGUCCUUGAAGAUAUGCAUGAGAUUUACACGAGUGGCAUUGCCUUGAAUAGCAGACAAGCCAGACUGGAAUAUAUCCCAUUGCAAUGAAAACGAAUCUCAAUGCAUUAAGUAAAUUGAGAUGUGGCUGGAGGGAGACACUGAGCUUAUACGGUGGAGAUCUCUAACAUUAUUUGUGUAUAAUGAGAAAAAGAUGCCUUGUGCCAUCUUGAAAAGGAGACAAUGUAUUAAUGCUGUUAAUAUUAUAAUCACUAUGAGAUUCCUCUUGCCUCUCUUUCUUAGAUGUGUAUAUAUGUAUUGACUUGAGAGGCAAUGAGAAGGCAGAACAAACAUCUUUAUCUCUCUCAACACCUUCUCUUUGAUCAAUAACAAAGAGCUUAGAUUCCGAAAAAAUGGCAGCCUCUUUCCACGUUCGCUCUAACAGUUUCCCUCCUAGAACUCACCCACAAGCCGCUCAUGUCGAUCAGCAGUUGGCCAGAUUGAGAUCAUCUGAGGAAGCCUCAACAUCUUCCACCUAUUCAAUCUUCAAAAGAAUUGACAACCUCCAAGAGCUAUAUGAGUCACUUGCCAAGCUUAUUUGCCUACCCGUCACACAACAGGCUCUAGCUCAAGGACAGAACAAGAAAACCGUCGAGCAGCUUCUUUAUGGAUCACUAAGGAUCUUGGAUUUGUGCAACAUUUCUAAGGAAGCUUUAUCGCAGAUGAAAGAGGGUCUCAUGGAGAUCCAAUCAAUUCUACGAAGAAAGCGAGGAGAUUUAUCAGGAGAGGUGAAGAAAUACUUAGCCUCAAGAAAGUUCCUCAAGAAGACAUUCCAGAAAGUACAAAAGCCCUUGAAGCUUGCACAAGACGGAGAAUCUUUGGCUGUCUUUGGAGAAGCAGAAGUUGUUACAAUUGCUCUGUUUGAUUCUCUUUUCAGCUACAUGUCUGGAUCAAAGAUUUGUGGCAAAUGGUCACUUGUCUCGAAGCUAAUGAGCCAGAGCCAGAAAAGAGUUUCAUGUGAAGCACAAGAAAAUGAAUUCACAAGGGUUGAUUCUGAAUUUCAAUCUGAAAAGACCAUGAAGAUAGAAGAUGUUCAGAUUCUAGUAUCAUGCAUUCAAGAUCUUGAAGAUGGAGUUGAAUCACUUUCAAAGUCAUUGAUCAAAUAUAGAGUCUCAAUUCUUAACACAUUAGGCCAAUAAAGCCUAUAAAUUUUGUAUAGCAGAGAAGAUAAUAGAAACGUCUUCAAAGUCUCAGUUCUAAGGUGCUUACUUAUUUAAUCACUGACUCUUUAACCAUCAAAGAACAAGUUCAUUCUAGAAAAAAGAAAUCAGAAAGUUCAGCAUUAGCAAUUUGAACUCGAAAAUUACACAAACUUUUAACCUAAUGUUAAAACAUUAGUUUAAUAACUUAUUCCAUCUAAUUGGAGCUGUCUUUGGUUAUUUAUUACAAUAAAAUCACUGAGUAAUGAGAUAACUGAAUUUCACACGUCCCAGCAAUACCUCUGUUAAUGUCUGUAUGGUACCAUAUAUUUGAAGUGAUUCAAGAAAAAAAAACUUUAAAGUCUUCAUGUGCUUACGCAU